AUGGAACGUGGUCGAGCGCAUUACAUCACUGAUAAGAGUGAAAAUGACAAGGGAGCACCGCCGUCGAUACCCAAGGGUGUAUUGAUUGCCGUUUUAUCAUUAUUAUUAUUGGUCGGAUGUACUAUGUUAAUAACGUCUACAACAGCUAGUGUCUUACUGUGGACAGGUAAUAAAUCGGUCAUAUUGACAUUAGACUCAGUUUCGAUGUCAAUUCUAUCUAAUGAAGUCAUCAUGGGUUCACAAUAUACCUUGCGAAUGGAUGUGGUAUUGGAUGUUGGUGAUGUUAAUCGUGACGUCGCGGGUAUAGUGGAUGAAAUAUUUGAGUUCUGGGUGUAUUUUAACAACGCGGACAAUACUAGUCAAACUGCAAAACAAGUCCCAGAAAACAGUAUAACGUCAGCAAUAAACAUGACUGUCGGCGGUGUUGUGUUAAUCCCCAGCGUUACCACAGGACAUGACCUUCAUUCAACCGGAUGUGGGGAUUAUACUAAUCUAUGUAUAGACAUAAAAACAAAGCAGCCAAAUAAAUUAUUGUGGUGGACUGGCGCCAAUGUAAUCUCAGCCUGUAGUCCAUUGGACUCUUGUCGAAAUCAAAUCACGUGCGACUCAGUACGUAUAUUGCCUACCACGGGUGAUGUCGACAUUUAUACAUACAACAAGCGAACGUUUCAAUUUGAUGUCACUAUUGAGGCGGGGCUAUACUCUGCAUGCAUAACAGACAACGCUGACGUCAUCUUUGGGAUGGAUAUGUACUUGGUAUCAUCUGAGAACAUGCAACUACACAAACUGGCUGGUCGCCUACCAACUUACUCCGUUAAUGUCGACAGUAACCAGAUGAUAGAGAUAAACAAUGUGCAUUUCAUAGACUACGACUUGACCGGUUUAGACUGUAUGGAAUAUGACCACGUGUGCAUUGAUGUACACCCUACUGGUAUGACAGAGUACCAAUGGAUGUGGUCUUCUGGAGGAGAGUUUAUGACAGAUUGUUUUCGGCUUACUGUUCCUAUAUGUCAAGAUAUUAUGUGGUUCAGCGCUACUGAUGUAGAUAACCCUGGCACAUGGGUGUAUGCAGAUGGGACAGCGUUACCUAACACGGGCAUUGGACAAGCCCCAGCCAGUGAUCCACUGAAACACUGCAGUAUUACACAAGGAUACCUACCAACAGGGGAGUUAAGAUGGAUACACGAGAGGUGCAACAGUGUUCACAAAUUUGUGUGUCAGUAUAAUGAUACAGCUGCUAGUAGUCCUAUUUCUGCAUUAAGAGUAGUGAAAAAAGAUAACUCUGCAUGCACUAAUGUAUGCGCAUCCAAGGGGCCAUCUAGGAUAUUUACACAAACAAAUGCAUCACACACACCAAAACGAUUUGGCAUUCCAAAUAAAGAAAACAAUGAAGUCGAUAGCUCCUGCGUCUCUACAUUAAAGCAGCCGCCAGUUCACCUGGAUUCAGUCUCGUAUGCCGAUGUGGCCAAACGCUUGACACCAAAACUACCUCGUACUUCAGCAGCUGAACUGGCUUUAGGUAACUAUCCCAGUAGAUCUGCUUCUGCAACUUCGUUGGCAAUGGGAUCCUCUCGAUCAUCCAGCAACAUGAUGUCACGACUUGCAUCUGUUGAUGCAUUCUCUUCAGGGACGCCUUCAACAUCAAACACAGCACGCUCUUCUAAAGCGUCCAAUUUAACAAACACUGCCACGAGGUCAUCUAUGUCACGACUCCAAAGGUCAAACACGUUCAACAAAGCAGUGCAUACAAUUAAUGAUACCACUAAUGUUCACUCCUCGUCAUCAACAAGAUUCUCAAUGGUAAAUGUGUACACAAAAACACAGAACUCGAAGAACCAGUCAACAGUUGCCACAUCUCUGCCAAGUUUAUCACGGAACUCUGACUUUGCUAUCGAGGGAGUCUGUCCUUUAAGAUCACCAAGUUUAUCACCUAGUGUGCCACCUCAUAUUGUUGCCAGUGGUGACUUAACAAGUCCUGAUAGCCUGUCAACAACAUUUACUUGUGGAUCCCCAGUGGGUACAGGUCAGAAGAUGAGUUACGCACAGGUGGUAAGCACUCCACAGAGGGUCUCACCACGGACUCCAUUGUCAUGUAUCAGCAAUUCCCCAGUUCCAUUCAACUUGGAUGUUGAAAUAAUGCCAUCUAAACAGGAAAAAAAGGAUGCCUGUAAUACAAGGCCUGACAAAUCCACUUCUGCAUUUGGAUUUAAGAGAUUAAAGCCUACGUACAUGAUGAUGACGAAAUCUGCAGCUUCAAAACGUAAGGGUCAUCGAAGAUCUUUAUCAUCAGGCGAUAUAACAUCACUACCUGCAGGGAGAGUGCCGAAAAUCAAAGGCUCAGCCAGCAGUAGGAUGAGUAAGCCGUCACUGUCUCGUAGUAGAUCAUAUGGAAACCUACAUCGCUAACGAAAGAUACUUCCUUAUUAAACAAUAACCAUUUACACCACUGUAUGUUACAAAACACUGGCCAUAGUGCAUUUAUUGUUUUACUUUGUAUUCAUAGCAUUUUAAAAAAAAAUGCAACUAUGCAAGGAUGUUUUAUAAGUGAUUCCUCUGAUCUCUAAUUAUUUUCAUAACAAUCAAGUACAUGUAGUUCAAUUCAUGGCAGAAACUGCCAGCUUUUGACUUUGUUUGAAUUGGGCUAAAAAAUAUAGCUAGGUUUUUGGCUGUCAUGAAAUGGGC